CACCUUAACGUUGGAUGCCAACCGCCGAUAAAUCCCACCGAAGAAGUAGAAGCCGUUUCGCCAUUACACGCCUGGAAGAAAGGCCAUAAAGGUUUGCUAAAACAACGGUUAAAAAAAAAUAGGGCGAUGGCAGACAGUGAUGAUGAAUAUGAUCGCAGAAGGAGAGACAAGUUCCGUCGUGAGAGGAGCGACAACUAUGACCGCUCCCGAGAGAGAGAGGACAGGCGUAGGGAUGACUGGAAUGACAGGCGCCCAUCUGCCAGGGAGUGGGACAGGGGCAGGGAGCGUCGUAGCCGGGGGGAGUAUCGGGACUACGAGAGGGGUCGAAGGGAGAGGUUCUCCCCACCCAGGCACGACAUGAGUCCCCAACAAAAACGCAUGAGGAGAGACUGGGAUGACCAUGGAGGAGAUCCCUACCAUGGGGGGUAUGACUUGGGUUAUGGUGGUGGUGGAGGCCCCAGCUACGCUCCUCCACAGCCCUGGGGCCACCCUGACCUGCACCUCAUGCAGCCUCACCAUGGUAUCCCCAUCCAGGCAAGGCUAGGUAACAUCCAUGAUAUGGACCUGGGCCCACCGCCUCCAGUGAUGAAGAGCUUUAAGGAGUUCCUGCUGUCCCUGGAUGACUCUGUGGAUGAGACUGAGGCAGUUAAGCGUUAUAAUGAGUACAAGAUAGACUUCCGACGGCAGCAGAUGCAGGACUUCUUCCUUGCUCACAAAGAUGAAGAGUGGUUCCGAUCCAAGUACCACCCAGAUGAGGCAGGCCGGCGGAAGGCGGAGUCCCACAAUGCCCUGCAGAACCGACUGAAUGUCUACAUGUUCCUAAUGGAGAACAGCUGGUUCGACACGGUCUCGCUGGACAUAGAGAAGGCCCAGGCUAUCAUGAAGGUCUUGGAUGCAGCUGUGAUAAAGAUGGAGGGAGGGACAGAUUAUGACCUGCGCAUCCUGGAGCUUCCGUCUGAGGAGGAAGAGGAAAGAGGGAGAGCUGACAGGGCGGCAGCUGGGGGUCCGGGAACUGAGCCCCCCAAAAAAGAGGAGCCUAAGGAUAUGGACAAUGACAGCAAACCCCCAGCUGACAAAGAGAAGGGGGAGAAUGAUGCCUGCAGCAUGGAGAAGGGUGCAAACGGUGGUGGUGAGGCAGCAGAAGGAGGGAGUGAGGGAGAAGAGGAGGAGGAAGGAGAAAAAAAGACGAAAAGCAAAGAGGUUGUGCCUGAGCCUAAGAAGCUGAGUAAGAAGAGGAAGAGGAAGCACAGUGGAGACAGUGAAGAUGAGGCCAGUGCCUCUGAGAGUGACUCAGACUCGGACUCCAACUCCCAUCAUUCCUCUGAUAAACCUGCCGAGAGGGAGGAGGGUGAGGAAAAGGAGGAUGAGGGUGAGGAAGGGGAGGACAAGGAUGAAGAGGAGGAAGAAGAGUGUGAAGUAAUGCCUUCUCUGCACCCCACAAAUUGUGUAGCUGACAGAAAAAAAAUCAAAGACGAGAAACCAAAGGAAAGAGAGAGGGAGAAGGAAGAGAAGAAACCCAAGGAGGACCAGCCACCGAGACCCCGGCCUCUCCACAGGACCUGCUCUCUAUUCAUGAGGAGCAUCGCCCCCACCAUCUCCAAGGCAGAGAUCAUAGCUCUGUGUCGGAGAUAUCCUGGGUUCAUGCGAGUGUGUUUGUCUGAUCCCCAACCAGAGCGCAGGUUCUUUCGUCGCUGCUGGGUGACGUUUGACCGUAGUGUCAACAUCAAAGAGACCUGCUGGAACCUCCAGAACAUCAGACUGCGUGACUGUGAGCUGGCUCCGGGGGUCAACAGAGACCUGGCCCGGAGGGUCCGCAACAUCAAUGGUAUCACUCAGCACAAACAGGUGCUGCGAAACGACAUCAAGCUGUCAGCCAAACUCAUCCACUCCCUGGACCACAGAGGCAGGCUGUGGAGCCACAAGUCCCGUGGAGAGGCAGUGUCUGCUGUGGAGGUGGCGGCCCAGAACCCCAUCCUGAAGAACAUCACUGACUACCUGAUAGAGGAGGUGAGUGCUGAGGAGGAGGAGCUUCUGGGCAGUGUGGGUGGAGCUGACGCAGAGGAGGGCACCAAGGAGGGCUACCCAGCCGAGAUCACUGUGGAAAGGGACGACAAGCUGGUCAAGGUCCGUCCAUCUGCCUUGGCUCACACUGACACACAGCCGCUUUACACGCUCUUUGUGUUGGACCGUCUUCUCUUGUACCUGCGCAUUGUCCAUUCCAUCGACUACUACAACAACUGCGAGUACCCCAGCGAGGAUGAGAUGCCCAACCGUUGUGGCAUGAUCCAUGUGCGUGGGCCCAUCCCUCCCAAUCGCAUCGCACACGGGGAAGUGUUAGAGUGGCAGAAGACAUUUGAGGAGAGGCUGAGCCCCCUGUUCAGUGUGAAGGAGAAGCUAUCGGAGGAGGAGGCAGGAAAAAUGGGCCGGAAGGACCCGGAGCAGGAGAUGGAGAAGUUUGUGUUGGCCAACACCCAGGAGCUGGGCAAGGACAAGUGGCUCUGCCCCCUCAGUGGCAAGAAGUUCAAGGGCCCAGAAUUUGUGCGCAAGCACAUCCUGAACAAACACGGGGACAAGAUUGAGGAGGUGAAAAGGGAGGUGGUGUUUUUCAACAACUUUCUCAUGGAUGCCAAGCGACCUUCCCUCCCAGAGAUGAAGCCCCCUCCUCCACUCGGCCCAGGACAAGGAGUUCUCUCUCCAGGCAUGCCCUUCCCUCCCCAAGGCCUCAUGGGCUUUGGGCCCGGUCAGCCUCGUCCUCCUGUCAUGGGUUACGGAGGCGGACCUCCUUACCCACCAAACCAGUACGGAGGCGGCCGGGGUAACUAUGACAACUUUCGUGGACAGGCUGGUGGCUACCCUGGUAAACCCCGCAACAACAGGUGAGACCUUGAAUGUCCCGGGGAGAUCCACGCAACAUCAUUGAAUAUCGUGACCUCGAUGCACCUGAUGACAUCGACUUCUUCUAGACUAUUAAUUUUAUUUAUUUUGUUUUUAAUCAUUGUGUAAUUUCCCUGUCUCAUCCCCUUAUGUAAAGUAAUGAUUCAUUAGCAUUUUUUUUAUGUCUGCAGAGCAAAGGCUCGGUGCAAUUGGAACACACUUGAAUUGUAUGAAAUGUCCUCAAUAAAAACUAAUUUGACAUUA